GGCCUACUAUGUGCCGACAAUCGUUAUACCUGGCUCCCAUGUCCGAACCCCGACCUUCAGUCGUCAGGCAGGAAGUCCGAUCGAUAAAAUUAUGGGCGUGUUAGCCAGAAACGAAGAAAAGAUGCAGGUCAAUCACCAGGCUCUCCUUCCACCAUGUCCACCUACGCUAUCCUUGGCGCCACAGGCAACUGUGGCACAGCUCUCAUCGACAACCUGUUGCGCACCGAAGACGCCAAAAUCAACGCCUACUGCCGCAACAAGUCCAAAUUAAUCCAAAAAGUCCCCGCGGUCGCCGACAACAAGCGCGUGAAGGUCUACGAGGGAAAUAUCUACGAUAUCGAUCUCUUGGCCGAAUGCAUCCGCGACACGCGCGCCAUCUUCCACGUCGUGACGACGAACGAUAACGUUCCCGGGUGCCAUGUCGGCCUCGACACAGCAAAGAGCAUCAUCGCCGCGAUCGAGAAGCUGAAGCUACAUGGCCAGAUCCCCGCACCACUCCCCAGGAUCCUCCUCCUCUCUUCCGGGACGAUUGACGACCAUCUGAGUCGACACAUGCCGUGGUGGUUCCGACCGAUCCUCCGUACAGCCGCGUCGCACGUCUACCAGGACCUGCGCAGGACGGAGGCCUACCUUCGCGCGCAGGAGGAUCUGGUCUCGACGAUCUUCAUCAAGCCUGGGGGGCUCGCCGUGGAUGCGCAACGGGGUCAUGAGCUGAAUCUGGAUCACGAUGAGUCAUUUGUGUCGUAUCUUGAUCUGGCGGCGGGGAUGAUUGAGGCGGCCGAUGACGAUGAGGGUCGCUACGAGAUGAAGAAUGUCAGCGUGGUGAAUAAAGAUGGGUCGGCCAAGUUCCCCUCUGGUACCCCGUUGUGCAUUGCUACCGGUCUGGCGAGACAUUUCUUUCCUUUUUUGCAUGCCUAUCUGCCCUCUACUGGGCCUAGCUAGCG